UAAUUUUUCGAACCACUUCCUAAAGGAAAGAAGAAAAAAAAUCACGACACACAAUAACCCUUCGUAAACUCAGGGCAAAACAAAAUCACAACACAAUACCCCUUCGUAAACUCAUUAGUUCAUAUAUAAAGCGCGCCGCGCCCUCGAAGGUGCUUCGAAGGGCAAGCGUUAUUAGUUCACCAAUACUAUAAUACUACCUAGCAUUCACUCUAUGUGUGACCUCUAUCACGGAGCACUCCUCUCUCUGACAACAUUCUAGCUCUGCCUUUACUCCGAUCCAAUUCAAUGUAUGAUGUCUCAAAUAGUCUGACAACCGACGUGUACAUCCGACUUACACUGGCGAUUCCUGUUUGGAUUACAACCAAAUGCUCGUGCGGACGGCAAAGGAAGAGGAUCUACCUGGCCAGGUUCCUGAAAUACAAUCGCACCUAUUAGAGACUAUCUACUGAACAGGUUGUAUAUGGCCUUAAAAGAUAGCCAGCUUCCUGGGAAUUACUUCGUUGCUGGUGUCUGGCCUCCAGCGCUGAGGGAUGCCGACAUGAUAAUCAGAUUCGAAUCCAAAACGUUGAUGGGCGACUGCUGCAUGAUCCAUAUCGCAAGACCUUUUCGUCCUGGCUUUAUAAUCAUAAUAAGAUACCCCGAUCGCGAUUUUCCUAUGAUCGCUCUAGUGGAAGAGGACGCGAGCAAGUCAUUUUUGGACUAUAUGUUGAAUUCUGAAGUUCUUCAGAAAACGUGGGUGAGAAUGCAAUUGAAAAACCGCUUUGUAAAAACGGAAACCCUGUCAAGCUUGGUAAGGAGCCAACUUGAUGGCUCACCUGUAACGCUGCAAGUGUCUUUAGAGGCUCAUAUGGACGAUAUGCGGAAAGGAUUUAGUUUAUGUCUGACCUCUUCGGUUGACUAGGAGGUUGGAGAGCCCUUGGUUCGAGUCGCAUCUUAAUAUCGCGCUUGUCUAUACCUUCGGAGCGAAACAGGUGGGCAUUAGUCUCGUUGGCAAUGUUUUCUAAAACAGGGCUAGUAUUUCUAUGAGCAAAUAAAUAUCUUGUUUGGGGCAUAGCUGAUUCGUAGAUCAAUGCACUGAAGCCAUUCCAGUAUCAAGUUGAUGGAAAAUCUCCUCUUCACGUGUGAACCUACCUUAGUUUGGGUCAA